AUGUUUAGUUCUGGAAAUGUUCUGCCUGUGAAGAUUCAGCCUCCGCUGCUCAGGCCAUUGGCAUAUAGGGUUUUAUCAAAAAAAUAUGGCUUAUCGAUUAAAUCCGAUGGGCUGUCUGCUCUCGCAGAGUUCGUUGGAACUAAUAUAGGUACUAAUUGGAAACAGGGAUCAACCACAAUUAGAUUUCUCGAGCAAUUUGCUGCUGUAUGGAAGCAGCAGGAAAGGGGUCUUUUCAUUGACCAAAGCGGGGUUAACGAGGUGAUACAAGAGAUGAAAGAACGUGAGAAAGUUGAAUGGAGCCGCGAACAAUCUAUUCAACAUGAGGAAGAUAUAUUAAGGCGAAGAGGCGAGGAUGACAACGACAGCAAUGAUGAAAUGCCUAUGGCCGCUGAUUCAUCCUUACAAGAUGCUUUAUCAUCUUCACCCAUCCGCGAGCCCAACAAUAAAAACGAAUAUGGACAAUCCUCGAAGCCAGAAAACUCUAAAGCUCUGAAUUGGAGAGAUUAUUUUAAGGUUAUCAAUGCUUUGCAGCAACAAAGAUUCUCGUACAACCCCCACAAAAUGCAAUUCAUUUUCGUGCCCAAUAAAAAGGAAAAUGAAUUAGGAAAUAUCACAGGAUUUCUACCUGACAUAAAAGACAAAGUGCAAAUGUUUUUGACAAGGUAUUAUCUCACAAAUGACAGAGUCAUGAGAAAUGAAAAUUUCCAGAACAGUGACAUGUUUAAUCCAUUAUCCUCUAUGGUGUCCUUACAAAAUGAGCUCUCCCGUACUGACCAACAGCAGCAAGCUAGUAACAUGAGCAUUACCCCAAUAAAAAAUCUACUGGGUAGGAAUGCUCAAAACUUUCUUCUAUUAGGGCUGUUAAAUAGGAACUUUAAGGGAAAUUGGUCACUAGAAGAUCCAUCUGGAUCCGUGGAAAUCGACAUUUCCCAAACUAUUCCUACACAGGGCCAUUAUUAUGUUCCAGGUUGUAUGGUUCUCGUAGAAGGAAUAUAUUAUUCUGUAGGAAAUAAAUUUCACGUUACAUCCAUGACUUUACCCCCUGGUGAGAGAAGAGAAAUAACAUUAGAUACGAUUGGUAAUCUAGAUCUUUUAGGAAUACACGGUCUUUCUAAUAAUAACUUUAUUGCUCGUUUGGAUAAAGAUUUAAAGAUUAGGCUACAUCUUUUGGAAAAAGAAUUAAUUGAUCAUAAAUUUGUGAUUUUGGGUGCUAAUUUAUUUCUAGAUGAUUUAAAAGUCAUGACCGCACUCAGUAAAGUAUUGCAAAAAUUAAAUGAUGAUCCACCAACACUAUUACUUUGGCAAGGCUCCUUCACUUCGGUUCCAGUUUUUGCAUCAAUGAGUAGUCGGAAUAUAAGCAGUUCAACUCAAUACAAGAACAAUUUCGAUGCAUUAGCUAUGCUCCUGUCAAGAUUUGAUAACCUGACUGAAAACACCACGAUGAUAUUCAUUCCAGGGCCUAACGAUUUAUGGGGGUCAAUGGUAUCAUUGGGUGCAAGUGGAACAUUACCGCAAGAUCCUAUUCCUAGUGCGUUCACCAAAAAAAUAAACAAGGUUUGUAAAAAUAUUGUAUGGAGUUCAAACCCAGCGAGAAUAGCAUACUUAUCCCAAGAAAUAAUAAUCUUUAGGGAUGAUUUAUCCGAAAGAUUCAAAAGACACCAUAUGGAAUUUCCCUUUAGCGAGAGUGAAGAUUCCUUCGCCGACAACGAUAAUACGGUAACCAAAGAUAGUGACAUAGUGCCGAUAGAUGAACUGGUUAAAGAACCAGACCAAUUGCCGCAAAAGAUUCAAGAAUCAAGAAAACUCGUAAAAACAUUAUUAGACCAGGGUCAUCUAUCACCAUUUAUUGAUUGUUUACGCCCAAUAUCAUGGGAUUUAGAUCACACCUUAACACUCUGCCCAAUACCAUCCACAAUGAUCCUUUGCGACACUACUUCAGCACAAUUUGAUUUGACAUACAAUGGCUGUAAAGUCAUUAACCCUGGAAGUUUUAUUCAUAAUAGACGUGCGAGGUAUAUGGUGUACGUCCCAUCCUCAAAGAAAACUAUACAGGAAGAAAUAUACAUCUAA